CAGUAAUUUCACCAGGCACUAACUAUAAAUACCUAACUAUGGGUCUUUCGGAAGGUGGCUUUCAUUAUUGAGAAAAACAAUUAUUUUCAAGAGACAAGUGUCCCUCUUGAGAACAACGGACACUUUUACGGUCCUUUCAAGAUUUAGAUUUUCCACAAGUUCAUUGUUGCUAACAAACGGAACCUGGGUUCUUGGAGUUGAGGGGGAGAAUAAAGAACCAAACAUGAUAACAUCUGCCGCUGGAAUCAUUUCGCUCCUGGAUGAGGAGGAGCCCCAGCUCAAGGAGUUUGCUCUGCACAAGCUGAACUCCAUUGUCAAUGACUUCUGGGCUGAGAUAUCGGGAUCUGUUGACAAAAUCGAGGUCCUGUAUGAAGAUGAGACGUUUCGGAGCAGGGCGUUUGCUGCCUUGGUGGCUUCUAAAGUGUUCUACCACCUCGGGGCAUUUGAUGAGUCAUUGAACUAUGCUCUGGGUGCAGGAGACCUUUUCAAUGUCACAGAUGACUCUGAGUAUGUGGAGACCAUUAUCGCCAAAUGUAUCGACCACUACACCAAGCAACGGGUGGAGAAUGCUGAGCUUCCCGAGGAUGAGGAGAAGAAGAGCAUCGAUCCCCGGCUCGAGGGCAUCGUCAACAAGAUGUUCCUGCGGUGCCUGGGCGACCACAAGUACAAGCAGUCCAUCGGCAUUGCCCUGGAGACGCGGCGCCUGGACAUCUUUGAGAAGACCAUCCUCGAAUCGAAUGACGUUAGUGGCCUACUGGCCUACAGCUUGAAGGUCUGCAUGUCACUGAUGCAAAUUAAGAAGUUUCGCAAUGAGGUACUCCGAGUGCUAGUCAAGCUCUACAUGAAUCUGGAGAAGCCUGACUUCAUCAACGUUUGCCAGUGCCUGAUCUUCCUGGAUGACCCACAGGCGGUGAGUGACAUCCUGGAGAAGCUGGUGAAGGAAGACAACCCGUUGGUGGCCUACCAGAUCUGCUUCGACCUGUAUGAAAGCGCCAGCCAGCAGUUCCUCUCCUCGGUCAUCCAGAACCUGCGCACUGUGGGCACGCCCAUUCCUGCCGUGCCCGGCUCUACCAACACGGGCACCGUGCCCACCCUGGACAAAGACAGUGAUGCUAUGGAGACUGACGAUAAGGCCGGCAGCUCCCCUGCAGGAAAAGCAGCAGAUAACGAUGAGCCAAAGGACCAGAAUGCAAAGAUGACAAAAAUUCUCAGCGGCGAAAUGGCCAUCGAAUUGCAUCUACAGUUCCUCAUCCGGAACAACAACACAGACCUAAUGAUUCUCAAGAACACAAAGGAUGCAGUCCGAAAUUCAGUGUGCCACACAGCCACGGUCAUAGCCAACUCCUUCAUGCAUACGGGAACCACAAGUGACCAGUUCCUCAGAGAGAACUUGGAGUGGCUUGCAAGAGCCACCAACUGGGCCAAGUUCACAGCCACUGCCAGUCUUGGCGUCAUUCACAAGGGCCACGAGAAAGAGGCGCUGCAGUUGAUGGCCACAUAUCUGCCCAAAGACACCUCCCCUGGAUCGGCCUACCAGGAGGGAGGCGGCCUGUACGCCCUUGGGCUGAUCCACGCCAACCACGGGGGGGACAUUAUCGACUACCUGCUCAGCCAGCUCAAGAACGCCAGCAACGACAUUGUCCGUCACGGCGGAGGUCUAGGCCUGGGAUUGGCUGCCUUGGGUACGGCCAGGCAGGAUGUUUACGACCUGCUCAAGUCUAACCUGUACCAGGAUGAUGCAGUAACAGGUGAAGCUGUGGGGUUGGCCCUGGGGCUGGUCAUGCUGGGCUCGAAGUCGGCACAGGCCAUUGAGGACAUGGUGGGCUACGCCCAGGAGACGCAGCACGAGAAGAUCCUGCGCGGCCUGGCCGUUGGAAUCGCCAUGGUUAUGUACGGACGCAUGGAGGAGGCAGACACGCUCAUCGAGAGCCUCUGCAGAGACAAGGACCCGAUCCUGCGACGCUCCGGAAUGUACACAGUGGGCAUGGCCUACUGCGGCUCCGGAAACAACAAGGCCAUCAGACGUCUGCUGCAUGUGGCUGUGAGCGACGUGAACGAUGAUGUCAGAAGGGCAGCGGUGGAAUCCAUUGGAUUUAUCAUGUUCAGGACCCCAGAGCAGUGCCCUAGUGUGGUGUCCCUCCUGUCAGAGAGCUACAACCCCCAUGUGCGCUGCGGGGCCGCAAUGGCCCUUGGCAUCUGCUGUGCCGGGACAGGCAACAAGGAGGCCAUCAACCUGCUGGAGCCCAUGACUAAUGACCCGGUGAACUAUGUGAGACAGGGCGCCCUCAUCUCAUCAGCCCUCGUCAUGAUCCAGCAGACCGAGGUCACCUGUCCCAAGGUGAACCAGUUCCGGCAGCUCUACUCCAAGGUCAUCAAUGACAAGCAUGAUGACGUCAUGGCCAAGUUCGGGGCCAUCCUGGCCCAGGGCAUCCUGGAUGCAGGUGGCCGUAACGUCACCAUCUCGCUGCAGUCGAGGACUGGCCACACCCACAUGCCAUCAGUGGUGGGCCUGCUGGUAUUCACCCAGUUCUGGUUCUGGUUCCCCCUUUCCCAUUUCCUCUCCCUGGCCUUCACCCCCACCGCCAUCAUCGGGCUCAACAAGGACCUCAAGAUGCCCAAGGUACAAUACCGCUCCAACUGUAAGCCCUCCACCUUCGCCUACCCUCCGGCCCUGGAGGUGCCCAAGGAGAAAGAGAAGGAGAAGGUGUCUACUGCUGUUCUCUCCAUCACAGCCAAAGCUAAGAAGAAGGAAAAGGAGAGGAAGGAGAAAGAGGAGGAUAAGAUGGAAGUGGCAAUCUCCACGCUGUGCGUUACAGGGAAGACAUCCUCCUCCCUCAUGUGAUACCUUUCCUGCAGGCUCAUCCGGACAUGACCCUCCAGCAUGACAAUGCCACCAGCCAUACUGCUUGUUUUGUGCGUGAUUUCCUGCAAGACCGGAAUGUCAGUGUUCUGCCAUGGCCAGCGAAGAGCCCGGAUCUCAUUCACAUUGAGCACAUCUGGGACCUUGAAUCGGAGGGUGAGGGCUAGGGCCAUUCCCCCCCUGAAAUGUCCAGGAACUUGCAGGUGCCUUGGUAAAAGAGUGGGGUAACAUCUCACAGCAAUAAUGGGCAAAUCUGGUGCAGUCCAUGAGGAGGAGAUGCUCUGCAGUACUUAAUGCAGCUGGUGGCCACACCAGAUACUGACUGUUACUUUUGAUUUUGACACACACACACACACACACCCUUUGUUCAGGGACACAUAAUUCCAUUUCUGUUAGUCUUGUUCAGUUUGUCUCAGUUGUUGAAUCUUGUUAUGUUCCUACAAAUAUUUACACAUGUUACGUUUGCUGAAAAUAAACGCAGUUGACAGUGA